AUGAGCUCAGGCGGGCGCGGCGGCAAGCGGCGGGGUCCCCCGCCCCCCGCUCUCUCCGGGGCGGCGGCGAAGAGAGCCAACCCCAGCCCCGGCUUGCCGCAGCCUCCUCCUCCCGCGGCGGCGGCGGCGGCGGCGAAGGAGGAGGACAUGAUGGACGAAGACGUGUUCCUGGAUGAGUCCAUCCUGGCGGAGGACGAGGCGGCGCUGCUGAUGCUCCAGCGCGAUGAGGCCUUCGCGUCCCGCCUCGCGCGGUGGAAGCGCCCACGACCCGCUUUUCAGCAGUUGGAAAUAGAUUAUGUUAUUGGUGAGAGCCACAAAGAAUUGCUCCCCAACUCAUCUGGUUCGGCAGCCAUACUCAGGAUUUUUGGUGUUACCAGAGAAGGUCACAGCAUAUGCUGUCAGGUGCAUGGAUUUGAGCCAUAUUUCUAUAUUGGCUGUCCUUCAGGGAUGGGUCCUGAUGAUAUAUCACGCUUUCACCAAACACUAGAGGGGAGGAUGAAGGAGUCAAAUAGAAGCAGCAAUGUUCCAAGGUUCGUGAAGAGAGUUGAGCUUGUGCAGAAGCAGACAAUUAUGCAUUACCAAACGCAGCAAUCUCAGCCUUUCCUCAAGAUAGUAGUCGCUUUGCCUACCAUGGUUGCUAGCUGUCGUGGUAUCCUGGAAAGGGGAAUAACGAUUGAAGGCCUUGGCUCGAAGAGUUUCCUGACAUAUGAAAGCAACAUUCUUUUUGCCCUUCGUUUUAUGAUUGAUUGCAAUAUUGUUGGUGGCAACUGGAUUGAACUUCCUGCUGGGAAAUACAGGAAAGCAGCCCGUGUCAUGUCCUAUUGUCAGCUAGAGCUAGAUUGCCUAUACUCAGAUCUGGUAAGUCAUGCUGCUGAAGGAGAAUAUUCUAAGAUGGCCCCGUUUCGCAUAUUAAGUUUUGAUAUUGAAUGUGCUGGCCGCAAAGGUCAUUUCCCAGAACCAACUCAUGAUCUUGUUAUUCAGAAGACAUCUUGUUCUGUGUCAGGCUGUCCUUGUCUUCUGCCAGAGAAUUACAGGCUGGAUGGUAUCACAUUUGAUUCACUUGAAGAGAUUGGAAUCAAAUUCUUUACAGGUUCAGAUGAACAUGAGCAAUUUAUGAAAUUGUUGCUGUCUAAAUGCAACACGACAACCCUUAAAAGGGUGGACAUUACGGUACCACUUGCCCCUGUUUCUUCGGAGAUCAUGGAGGCUGUUGAAAGGAUCCGGAGUGUGUGCCAUCCUAACAGCAAGACCCAAUUUAACGUGCACGCCAGGGAGGCGGUGAAGCCAUUGGCCUCCUGA